CCAAGGUUUCUGAGCGGCAGUCAUGCGGUUGAUGGCGACGGCGUUGCAAAUAUUGUAAAUACUGUUGGAAACGCGCUACAAAAAUUGGAUUAAAAUCGUUGAUGACGUCUCCAUUCCGAGAUUUCGCGUGACGCACAGGCGUAUAACUUAUUUGCAUCGGAUCGCUCUUCAUUGCAACUUGUGUAGCCCGCGAGGGCAGCCGUGAUAACUUUAUAGUUAACCUUUGAUAAGUGAACAAACAAUGAAGUGCUUUAAAUAUUUUAUAUUUUUAGCGCUGGUUCUCUUGGAAAUUGAAGCCAGGAGAAUCGGCGGAGGUGGUUCGAGGAGAACGGGAAGCAGCAGCAGCAGCAGUAGAACUCACAGUAGUUCCUCGUGGGGUAAUUCCAGGCCUAGACCUCAACCUAAUGUAGACCACGUGAGGUUGUCGUACGGGAGUAGCAGACCUUCAGCUCCGAAACCCAAACCUGUCGAACCUGCGAAACCAACGCAACAUAAUACUCAAACACACAACAACAAUAAGCCCAGUGCACCACCACCUAUUGGAUUUGAUAAUGUUAACAAGCAAAGUGCUACAAAUGUGAAUACUGCGCCCAAACCGAGCGCUCCAGGUGCUCCCGUAGGCUUCGAUAAUGUCAACAAGCAGACGGUCACUAAUCAACAAUCGGGAAAACCCAUUGGAUUCGAUAAUGCCAAUAAGCAAACCGUUACGAAUCAGCAAAAUUCUCAUCAACCGAGCGCUCCGAUUGGCUUCGACAACGUCAAUAAACAGACAGCAACGAACCAGCAGAACGCGCCGAAACCCAUUGGCUUCGAUAAUGUGAACAAAGCUGCAGCUGGUUCACCACCAGGUCAACCACCAAUUAACCAACAACAUGUUUCAACCAACCAGAAUGGACCACCACCGCCAUACAACCCGAACUAUAACCAACAUCCGCCACCGUACAGCCCUCACCCUCAAAAUCCUCCUCCGUACAGCGCUCACCCCCAAAAUCCUCCUCCCUACAGCCCACACGCUCCUAAUUACAAUCAAAAUCCAGGAUACCAUCCCAACCAGCCGCAUUACAAUAAUCCCAAUUACCCGCAGCAAGGAUAUCACCCGCAUCAACAAAACAAUUUUGGAUCGUAUCAACCUAACCAUUAUGGUGGAUCCUAUCAACCGCCAGGUACAAACAUCCAUUAUGGUCCUGUAACAUACGUCAAUGGAUAUCAAACUCCGUCCUACAGCUACGUACACGACAGAUCCGACAAUACUCUUCUAAGUUUAUACGUGGGAUAUAAAAUCGGUCAACUGUUCAGCCACUCGCAUUCAUCCGCUUUCUCCAGCCACACAUAUUACGUUCAUCAUUACCAUGACGAUAACAAACCACAGAGUGUACCGGCAAAGGUCAACGUCGAAGCAUCAACAAUAGUAACUUGCGAUCAAAACGUAGGGCUCCUCUGCAUACCCAACACUUCUCCAGUAUGCAUGUCGAACGGAACGAUCAUGUGCAUAACCGGCACUUCGGCUACGAUCCCAUGCAAGGAUAACGCUAAUGUGAACUGCGUCGAAAGUAAAAUUGAUUGCACGAACUCCACAACUCCUGGAUGUGGAAACGCAACCGAUAAAACAGCCGCUCUGAGCGUACCAUGCGUCUCCAGCGUGACCAUCGUCGGUGAUUUCAAAAUGAAUGCCAACUCUACAGAAACCACCCCGACGAUAGCCAAUACCACCGUAUCCGAAACAAGUAACGGCACCCACACGACGAUAUUUUGCGUCACUGUACUUGCUGUACCUAAAGAUGUAAACACUACAGCCCUGCCCGCUCCAAGUCCGCUGGCUAGUCCGGAAAUCAAGGAGCAAGCAUCAACGUUUUUCGGAAAUUUGCUCGAUCAUUUAUUCACUUGAAAGCAAUCUAGUAUAUAAAAUGUUGUCAUAAAUAUAUUUUAAAUAAAGUUUUUAACCGCU